AUGGCUUCCUUUUUGCUUCGCGAUGUCCGCAUAUUCACUGGAGAUUCCACAGUAGAAGAAGGCUAUAUUCUGGUCUCCAACGGCAAGAUCAAAUCAGUUGGGCCAACCUCAAGCAUACCACAACUAGAGAACCCCAUCAGAACCUAUUCCAAACCAGGCCACACCCUCCUUCCCGGUCUCAUAGACUGCCACAUCCAUGCCGACAGAGCCGAUCCCGAAGCACUCCCGCAAUCCCUCCGCUUCGGUGUAACGACAGUAUGCGAGAUGCACAACGAGCUGCCCAACGUGCUCAAACUUCAGAAGCAAACUCAGCAACCAGACACGGCGUCCUACAAGAGUGCGGGCCAAGCGGCGACUAUCGAGAACGGAUGGCCAAUUCCAGUCAUUUUGGCGCACGAUAAGAGUCCCGAGACGGUAGCAGAGAUAGCAAAAUGGCCCAAACUAACGGACAGGGAGAGCGUGGUGCAGUACCUAGAGUGGACAAGUCGAGAGAUGAAGCCCAACUACAUCAAACUAAUGCACGAGUCCGGCACGACGAUGGGUGCCACAUUCUCCUACCCUUCCCUAGAGCUCCAGCGCACCAUCGUCACGGAGUCACAAAAGCGCGGCUAUCUAACCGUCGCUCACGCCACGUCUCUACAAGAUACACUCGACGUGCUGAACGCCGGUGUCAACGGGCUAACGCACACCUUCUGCGACCAGCCGCCCACUCAAGCCGUACUGGACGCAUACAAGCAGAACAACGCAUGGUGCAACCCCACGCUCGCCGCCAUGGGCAGUCUCACGACCGAAGGCAAAGACCUGCAGCACCUCUUCGCGCACGAUCCCCGCGUGCAGCAGCUCAUCAGUCAAGACAAGAGAGGGAACAUGUGCCAGUGCAUGGCGUUCGCUGCCCAGCACGGCAAGGUCUCGUACGCGUACGAGAGCGUCAGGGCGCUGCGCGCUGCUGGCGUCGAUAUCCUCUGUGGCUCUGAUGCCGCGGGGCCGGCCAAGGGAACUGCGUUCGGACUGUCGAUGCAUCACGAGUUGAGUUUGUUUGUGAACGAGGUGGGCAUGACGCCUGUCGAGGCGCUUACGAGCGCGACUAGUUUGGUUGCGAAGCGGUUUGGCUUCAGUGAUAGAGGGCGUCUGGCAGAGGGGUUGAAUGCGGAUCUGGUGCUUGUUGAGGGGAAUCCGUUGAAGAAUAUUGACGACACGUUGAAUCUUAGGGGAGUCUGGAGAGAGGGGAGACUGUGCAAUGAUUACAAAGAGGGCAUGGAACGCUGA